AUGUUGGGCUACCUCGUUCUUGCGUUCGUCUUUACUACGGCUGUAACCAUCUCACCUCCACUUUUGUUUGGCAGGCCACGUGGAGGAUUUCUGAAGGCCCCGGUCGGCGAUGGCCCACAAACAGAAGCCAACUAUUUGGUCUAUUCAAACAUCACACAACUCGUCGAUCACUUCGGAGGAUCGUCGGCCACGUGGAAGCAGCGCUACCAGUAUAAUUCCAAAUUCUACAAUGCAAGUACCGGAAUUGUGUUCCUAAUGAUUGGUGGAGAAGGCUCCAUUUCUCCUCCCGGCGACAAAUGGGUUAAAGACGAAAGUAUCACAAUGAUGCAGUGGGCGCAGAAAUACGGAGCAGCCGCUUUUCAACUUGAGCAUCGCUUUUAUGGGCCUAAAGAAAACGCCCCAAUG